AUGAACAACGAAAAAUUAAUUGAACUCGUAAGAACGCAUAACGAACUAUAUGACUUGAGUCAUUCAAAAUAUAGUGACAGUACAUGUAAGGAUAAAAUUUGGAAAAGUAUUGCUGAUGAACUAAAUCAAACCACUAUUGCAUGCAAAAAUCGAUGGAACAAUUUAAGAAGAUUUCUAUUUUUUAAUAGGAGAGCAAUAAAACGAAACAAAACCACAUCAGGACAAGCUGCACCAAAAAAAAUUAAGAAAUAUAAAUAUGAAGAUAACUUGCAGUUUUUACAAGAGUUUUUACAAGAACGAGACACUAUUACAAAUUUAUCAUGUAAUCUUAGUGACAGUUCUAAAGAAGAUAGAAACACAGAAGAAAUACAUGAUGCCCUAAACGAUACUUCUAUGAACAAUGACAAUUUAGAAACAAAUCAAAGUGUUAAUGAUAACAUUUGGAAAAAACAAAAUACAAUAAAAAAGAAACAAAGCUUGACUACUGGAAGUUGCCAACAACCAGAAACAGCUUCUACAAGUCUUAUGAAAUACUUAUUGUAG